CAUUUUCUACCUAUUAUGAAAUAUGACGUCAGAGAAUCUUUUGCUUAUCGAUAUCGAUAUCGAUAUCAAUCCUUUAUGCGCAAAGCUACAUAACAUAUUAAAUAACAAUAUGUAGGGUGGGUUGUUCCCUUCCUCUAGAAAAAUAUUUAAUCAUAUAGAAAGUACCUAAGCCGAAGAAUUGUACCUAAAUUGGAGGUUAAUACAACUAUUUAAGCAAUGCGGUAUUGGGUACUCCGCUCUCGGAAGAGGUACAAUAAUUUUAGGUAGGCGUAGGUAGAGCCUGAUGACUGGUACCUACUUUCAAUUAACCCCACCGAUUAAUUUUUUUACGACUCAUCCCGCGUUCAUUUAUUUCACUUAUAUAUGAGUUAAGCUGCCUCUUUUCCCACGCUAUUGAAGAUCAUACCAGCAAAAAGACAACUAGAGACGACGGUGGAAUCAUAUCCAUAUAUGUGAAAUUCCGCGUAUUAAUUCCAACCCAAUGGGCUCCUUACCCGACCCGACUACCGACCUUGACUGGUCUGGUUACGUCGGUUCCAUCCACGAACGCUUCCAGGCUUCGGCUGAGAAUCACCCUGAUAGAACAUGCGUUCUCGAGACAAGAUCCUCAACUACACCCGAGAGACGCUUUACAUAUCGCCAAAUCUAUGAAGCAGCCAACACUCUUGCCUGGUACCUUCACAAUGCUGGCAUCACCAACGGAGACGUAGUCAUGAUCUGGGCCCAUCGAUCCGUGGAUCUAGUCGUUGCUUUAAUGGGUACUUUGGCAUCUGGUGCCACCAUGACCGUCUUGGACCCGGCAUACCCCCCGGCUAGGCAGAAGAUUUACCUUGAGGUAUCUCAGCCGCGUGCUCUAGUUAAAAUUGGUCGUGCCACAGAUGAAAACGGCCCUCUGGCUGGCUUAGUGCAAGACUAUAUUGACCAAGAGCUUCACCUGAAGGCCCAAGUCCCCGACUUGCGUGUUCUCGACGAUGGCACCCUGUUUGGAGGACACGUCGAAGGCCAAGACAUCUUCUAUGACAUCAGAAGUCGUGCAUCAUCACCCCCCGAUGUGGUAGUUGGGCCCGAUUCAAACCCGACCCUGUCCUUUACCUCAGGCAGUGAAGGACGGCCAAAAGGAGUACUCGGUCGCCAUUUUAGCUUAACCAAAUAUUUCCCUUGGAUGGCUGAGCGUUUCCACCUAUCAUCUGAGAGCAAAUUCACCCUACUCUCCGGCCUCGCCCACGAUCCGGUACAGAGGGAUAUCUUCACACCACUCUUCCUCGGUGCCCAACUUCUGGUCCCAGCCAAGGAAGAUAUCCAGCACGAGAAACUUGCCGAAUGGAUGCGUGAAAUGAAGCCCACCGUUACACAUCUCACGCCAGCCAUGGGUCAAAUUUUGGUGGGUGGUGCCACUGCCGAAUUUCCUAGUCUUGAACACGUUUUCUUCGUCGGUGACGUCCUAACAACAAGACAAUGUCGAUCCCUCAGAAAACUUGCUGUUAAUGCUAACAUCAUUAACAUGUACGGUACUACGGAGACUCAGAGGUCCGUAAGCUACUUCGAAGUUCCAAGCCGAGCUAGAGACCCCGACUUUCUAGGGAAACUAAAGGACACUGUUCCAGCUGGCCAAGGAAUGCAGAAUGUUCAACUCCUAGUUGUCGACAGAGAAAACCGAACCCGGCUCUGCCAGGUUGGAGAAGUCGGAGAGAUCUUUGUUAGGGCCGCCGGCCUUGCUGAGGGUUACCUAGGAGACGCUGCUUUGAACGAGCAGAAGUUUUUGAUGAACUGGUUUGUUGAAAAUGAGAAAUGGGUCGAGAUAGAUAAGAAGACGAGCAAGGAUGAGUCUUGGCAGCGAUAUUACAAGGGACCAAGGGAUCGUCUCUAUCGUACGGGUGAUCUAGGGCGUUACCUUGAAUCCGGAGACGUCGAAUGUACUGGCCGUGCUGAUGAUCAAGUCAAAAUUCGUGGCUUCCGCAUCGAGCUCAACGAUAUCGACAGUAAUCUCAGCCAGAACCCGUUGAUCCGGGAUUGCAAGACUCUUGUGCGAAGGGACCGUAACGAGGAGCCGAUAUUGGUAAGCUAUCUUGUUCCCGAAGCAGCUGAAUGGCGUCGUUGGCUUUCGACCCGAGAAUUAGAGGAGGUGGAGGAUGAUGGUGUUGAGAUGGGACCUACACGUGUCUUUUUGAGGAAGUACCGGAGCAUGCAAACCGAGGUACGAGAUCAUUUGAAGUCUCGACUACCGGCUUAUUCUGUGCCGAGCAUUUAUAUCGUUCUCGAAAAGCUCCCCUUAAACCCCAAUGGCAAGGUUGACAAGCCCAACCUUCCGUUCCCAGACGUCGCCGAGCGCGUCGAGGAUGCCUCGGAGGAAGAUCUAAAAUCAUGGCAAUCGAUGACGAUGACAGAGCAAAUGGUGGCUCGGAGAUGGGCGGACCUCAUUCGAGGUUUGAACCCGAAGACGGUUAGACGAGAGAAUAACUUCUUUGACCUAGGUGGACAUAGUCUUUUGGCCCAGCAAUUCCUUCUGGAGAUUCGAAAGGCUCUGGGUACGGACGUCUCUAUCAAUACUUUCUACGAGCAUCCGGACCUAGCUGGCUUCAGUUCUCACGUCGAGAAGAGAAUCAACAAUGCUAGUGGGGUCGAAACAAAACUUGACGAUGCUCAAAAAGGCGAUCCAGUAUAUGCACAGUCAUUUGACGAUUUGACGAAUCAACUUGCCGGAACAUAUCAGUCUGCCAACCUCGAGGAUAUCGAAAAAUCUACGCAUCUGACAAUUUUCCUCACGGGAGCAACUGGUUUUCUAGGAUCAUACCUCGUCAAGGAUAUCCUUGACCGAACAUCCCGCGAUGUCAAGUUAGUUGCACAUGUACGGGGGGUUAAGGAUUCAGCAGCGGCACUUCAGCGACUUCGUCGUUCUCUCCAAGGCUACGGCCUGUGGAGCGAAAACUGGGUGGGGAGAUUGAGCGCGGUAGUCGGCGACUUAUCGAAACCCCGGCUUGGUCUCGACGAUCUAACCUGGCAGGAAUUAGCACAGGGAGUCGAUGUGGUGAUACACAAUGGAGCCACGGUUCAUUGGAUUCGAAAGUACCAGGAUAUGAUGGCUUCUAACGUGCUGUCUACUAUCGAUGCGAUGAAACUCUGCAAUGAGGGUAAGGCUAAGACCUUUUGUUUCGUAAGCUCGACUAGCGUCCUCGAUACCGAUUACUACAUAAGAUUGUCGGAAGAGCAGACCAGAACCGGACAGGGUGCAGUAAUGGAGAGUGAUGAUAUGAACGGAAGCCGCAUUGGACUGGGCACAGGAUAUGGACAGACCAAGUGGGCAUCAGAACAACUUGUACGAGAGGCUGGAAGACGAGGCCUUCAGGGUUCCGUUGUCCGGCCUGGAUAUGUACUUGGUGACUCUCAGACUGGUGUCUGCAACGUUGACGACUUUCUGAUCCGGAUGUUAAAGGGGUGCAUACAGCUGGUAGCACGUCCUCGUAUCAUCAAUACCGUCAACGCCGUCCCCGUAAACCACGUUGCUCGAGUGGUUGUUGCCGCCGCUUUGAACCCACUCGAAGGGGGUGUUCACGUAAUUCACGUAACCGCCCAUCCACGUCUUCGGAUGAAUGAGUACCUUUCGAUACUAGAAUACUAUGGCUAUAAGACGCCAGAAGUCAGUUACGACUCCUGGAAACAGGAAUUGGAGAAGUUCGUGUCUGCUGGUGCGCUUGAGAAGGAUCAAGAACAGCAUGCACUUAUGCCAUUGGCGCAUUUCUGUAUGAAUGAUCUUCCGGCGACCACCCGCGCUCCCGAGUUGGAUGACCGCAAUGCGGUCUCGGUUUUGAAAGCCGACGCGGAGAGAUGGACAGGAAUAGACGAGAGUUCCGGUUACGGGAUUAAUAGAGGGGAUGUUGGGAGGUAUUUGAGGUAUCUGGCUGAGAUCAAGUUUAUUGGCCAGCCGACAGAGAAGGGAAGACAGUUGCCUGGUAUCAGAGCGGAUAUAGUCCAAGCGCAAGCCAUAGGAGGGACAGGAGGUCGCGGUGGUGCUCCUUAAUCUAAAAGGGUUCUGUGGUCGGGGUUUUGCCUGCUUUAUACGGAUAGUUCUUAAGGGAAAAGGUACCUGGGUGUUAGAUAGCUCGGGGUAGAUAAAAGGCCACGAACAAAAGCUAUUAGUUUUUCUCAUGUUUCUUUUUUAGGCGACUCCUCCGCCAAUACUAACUAGGUAAGAUAUCGAGCGUUAAGACUGUAUGAGGGCUUGUCAAAUGUGUGCAUCUAUACACAAUAAAUUUGCUAAAUAUAGACCCAAGAAACAGUCCCUAACUUUCGAAUCCAGAUCAUAUGUAGUUGUAUAGGCCCAACGAACAUUAUAUACCAAAAAGAAAAAAAAAAUUAAGACGUAUAAUACCUUUACUCUCCCUGGAUGAAUUAUAAACAUGUAGGUGCUUGUAUA